GAUAAACUUUGUCUUGUGUGUGUGCUGAGGCAGAGGCAGAGAGGAGCAAAGGAAGAAAUAGCAGUCUUUUUCUCUUCAUAGUUUUAACAAAAAGCUGGACGCAAAAAAACCCUGUUGUUCGCCAUCGACGCCUUUCAUCUAUGUGAAGUCACAUCUUCCGUCACUUCUCGCCAGAUUUUCCGAGACAGAAUAGCACGAAUUUGUAAGAGGAAAUGCAAGUUCAGAUAUGGAGAUGGAUGAGAUUUGCGUGAUUUUCAUCCAUUACUGACCUAUUGCCAGUGCUCUCUUUCAAAAACAUCUUAGAUUUAAUUUUGCUAGCAAGCUGUUGGAUGAGCAAGAGGGGAAGGAAAGAGGAGAAGAUGGGAAGAGCACCGUGCUGUAACAAAGGUGAGGUGAAGAAAGGUUCUUGGACUCCUGAAGAAGAUAAGAUACUUGUUGAUUACAUCACUAAGAAUGGCCAUGGCACCUGGCGUUCUUUUCCUAAACUUGCAGGACUUAGAAGAUGUGGAAAAAGUUGUCGACUUCGGUGGACAAACUAUCUUCGGCCUGAUAUCAAACGUGGUGCAUUCAGUUCUGAAGAAGAACAAACAAUCUUCCAGCUGCACAGCUUGCACGGUAACAAGUGGGCAGCCAUUGCAUCAAGGUUGCCAGGAAGAACCGACAAUGAGAUAAAGAAUUUCUGGAACUCCCAUUUAAGAAAACGGAUCCCCAACAAGAAUGGUACCCUGCAAACCAACCCGCCUUCCAAAUCAACAGAUAUAAAAUUCACGUUGCCACCAUGGGAGAACAUCAGAAAGGAGGCUGAGGCUGAAACCAGGCUACCGAUGGAUCCCAUGCUUCUGAGCCCAGCAACCGGCAUAAGUGACGGCAAUAACUUCCUACAUGAAUGGGGUUCUGGUGAUGAAGAACCAUUUCAGAAACAUAUGGAUCGUGACAAAGUGGCGUGUUUAAUCCCAACCCCAAGACCGAUAAAAUUUGAAUCAGAUUCUGUUGUCACAGUGCAGGCUGGGCCUUAUUUCGCGGGCACCUCUACUAGUGAAUCUUGUGAUCAGGGUAUCAAAGAGCAUAGGAGAUUCUUCAAGGAGGAAGCAGAGGAAAUAACAAACGCAGAGUCUCAAAACUCAUAUGAACCAGAGAAUGCAUCAGAUAUAACAUUGGAUCUGCUGCUAGAUUUUCCCAACGAUGGCGAAUAUUUGCAGUAUGUAUAAUGUGAGUGAUCAUAUCCACCUCUUGCCAACACUAAGUUUACAAGUAAUAAUAGUGUUUUGGAUUAGAGUUCAUAACUUUAGGAACUGAGAACAGAGAUUUGAAACCUCAUGGAAUAAAAUUGUCACUUGCAAA